AUGCCCGCGCCGUCGGACAAGACUUUGGAGAAGGAGCUGCGAAUCGAGACCAAGGCUUUGCUCGAUAACGAGGAGGAGGUUACUGUGAACAAGGUCCGCACUCUGGUUGAAGAGAAGCUCGAUCUUCCGGAGCAGUUUUUCAAGGAGAGCCCAGAGUGGAAAGAGCGUAGCAAGAAGAUCAUCCACAAAGCAAUUAAUGGCGAGGAAAGCGAUGACGAACCCAAGAAGGAGUCGGAAUCGCCAAACGUUAAGAAGACUGCCGUGAAGCGCCAAUCGAGCGAAGAGCCCGAACAAAAACCCAAGCGCGUCAAGAAGGAGGCCGCUCCCAAGAAACCCGCCAAAAAGGUCGCGCCCAAGAAGGGCAAGAAGCCCGUCUCGUCCGAGUCUGAAUUAAGCGAACUUGAGGACUCCGAAGAGGAAGAGAAGCCCAAGGAGCGAGUCACGAAGCCCCAAAAGAAAGUCAAGAAGGCUGCAUCCGAGUCCGAACUCAGCGAUCUAGACGAAUCCGAGGUGGAAGCCAAGCCAAAGAAAGCCGCAGCAAGGGGUAGACCCAAGAAGAAAGCUGCGCUUUUAGAUGAUGAUGACGACGAGGACGACGACGUGAAGAGUGAAUCAGGCGCAGCCGCUACCAAGCGCAAGCGUGCAAGCAAAGAUGCCAAGAUUGAGUCUGAAGACGAGGAUGAAGAUUCUGAAAAGAAGAAAGUCCCUAGCAACGAACCCGAAGAUGAAGCUGAGAGAAAAGACGCAGCAAAAGUGAAGGGCCAGGACUUUGACAAUGAGGAAAAGCCCCAGGUUGAGGCGGCCGAGGAGGAGAGAGGCAGCAAACCCACAGUCGCAGAUGAUGAUAGCUCGGACCUCUCGUCAGUCGUCGACGACGGGCCACCGCCCAAGAAAAAGGCGAAGAAGGAAGAAAGCAAGCCGGCCGUAGACGAUGAUAGCUCCGACCUUUCCUCAGUCAUAGACGAUGAUCCAGUGCCCAAGAAGCGAAAGACAAAGGAGCCCAAAGGUGGCAAGGGUCCAGCCAAGUCAAAGGCAGCAAAGUCGGGUGCCAAGGAGCCCACGGGCGAUGAAGCAGAGAUCAAGAAGUUGCAGGGCCAACUAGUCAAGUGUGGAAUUCGCAAGAUCUGGGGUAUCGAGCUGAAAGAGCACGGUGACGAUAGCAAGGCCAAAAUCCGACAUUUGCGAAAGAUGCUGGCCGAUGUGGGAAUUACCGGUCGUUUUUCGGAAGCAAAGGCCAAGGAAAUCAAGGAGAAGCGUGAAUUGUUGGCUGAUCUGGAUGCUGUACAGGAAAUGAAUGAUCUAUGGGGCACCAAUGGCCGUGCCGGUCGUGCCUCUAGAAGCAAAGCCCGGGCAUCCAUGAAGGAGGAAUCCGCGGAGGAAAGUGAGGCAGAAGAUGCUAAGCCUCGAGUCACGAAGAGAAUGGCUGAUCUGGCAUUUUUGGGAUCAGAAAGCGAGUCGGAGUAA